UUUGUUCGCGAAGGUGCUGGGAUCUGGAAGCUAGGCUACUUGAUACCGCGCUUCUGCUGCUACACAAUUCCUGAUUAUUUUGUACGCUUCAUACCUUGUUACCCAAGUAGGAAUUCGCCCUAUGAUGUGCGAUUGCUGAACAGAAUGGAUGAAAAGUCAAUGGGACAGCAGCAAGACGGCCAAACGUCGCUUACUAGCAGUAUAGUGUCACCCUCAGUCGCUGCGGAUCCUCUUGACUAUCAGUCAAUUCAAGAUGGCUCACAAGGACAAACAGAGCAGAAGCCCCAAUUGAAAGAUUAUUUUCGUGUUUUUAGCUAUGCAGCCAAGAUUGACAUUUUUGCCUACGCUGUGGGUAUUAUUUCGUCUAUCGCGACGGGAGUUACUUUACCACUGAUGAAUGUAGUUUUCGGUAGCUUUGUCGGUAACCUAAGCGGCUUUUCUCAGUCGUCUGGCGAUGGCGAUGCCGGCAGGCUAAAACAUCAAGUAGACAAAUUAUCACUGUACAUGUUCUUCCUAUUCAUUGCUCGCCUGGUGUUGAAUUAUGCCAAUAAAUUUACCUUUCGAAUGGCAGGUAUUCGGCUGUCAUCUUCAAUUCGACUCCACUACCUGCAAAAGCUCUUCGGGCAGAGUGUUCAUGUACUUGACUCAAUGUCUCCUGGCUACGCCAUAAAUACCAUUACAUCAACAAGUAAUACUCUGCAACUAGGCAUUUCCGAGAAGCUGGGAGUUUUUUUUGAAUACAAUGCCACUAUAAUCGCCGCACUUGUGGUGGCUUUUCAUGCAAAUUGGAAAUUAUCUCUCGUCGUCAUAUCAGUAGUUACAUUUAUCAUUCUAACAGUGGCCAUCUUAAUGCCUUUCACCGCCAAAAUAAAUAACCAAAUGAGUCAAGCGGAUGCAAACGCUUCUUCAAUUGCAAGUGAUGCUCUGGCUGGCGUGCGAAUGAUCGCAGCUUGCGGCGCUGAGAAUCGUAUUACUCAAAAAUAUGCCUUAUUUGUAAAUGAAAUGAAAAGGCAUGGUAACAAAAUGACACCACUAAUCGCUCUUCAAUUUGCGUUGACGUUCUUUGCCGUUUUUGGUUGCUUUGGUCUUGCCUUCUGGUUCGGUACGAAACUCUAUCUCGAAGGUCAUUUGGACAAUUUUGGGACAAUUACAGUUGCUGCGGCUCGACAAUUUCUUAACAUAAUCGAUGCCCCUCAACCAAACCAAGGUCGACUUAAAAGUCCAGAAGUUAAUCCUGAAAAAGAUAUUUUUCUCAAGCAAGUCACAUUUGCUUACCCAGGCCGGCCACAUAUCAAAAUCCUAGACAGCUUAGACCUACGAAUAGAAGCUGGGAAGACAACCGCCAUUGUUGGACCUUCUGGAUCUGGGAAAAGCACCAUCAUUGGGCUGAUUGAGCAAUGGUAUUCUCUCAGCGAAUUCACUAAUUCGAUGCCUGAAGAACAUGGGAGUUUAAUAAAGUCGAGCGGAAACAUCUCUAUUGGAGACCACUCUCUGAGUGAAGUAGAUUUGAAGUGGUGGAGAUCUCAAAUUGGCUUAGUACAACAAGAGCCUUUCCUCUUCAAUGGGACAAUUUACACAAAUGUUGCGAAUGGUCUUAUUGGAACCCGAUGGGAAAGUAGUUCUGAAGAUCAAAAAAGGGAGUUAGUCAUAAAGGCGUGUAAAGAGGCAUUUGCUGAUGAGUUUAUUGACAAGCUGCCAAUGGGCUAUGAGACGCCUGUCGGCGAUGGGGGUACAAAGUUAUCUGGGGGACAGCGACAACGAAUUGCCAUCGCUCGGGCGAUUGUUCGUCAACCUAACAUCCUAAUCUUUGAUGAGGCAACAAGCGCAAUAGACGUACGGGGCGAAAAAAUUGUACAGGCCGCUCUUGAUCGAGCAGCGCAGUCGCGCACCACUAUUACGAUCGCGCAUCGCUUAUCAACUGUACAGAAGGCCGAUCGCAUAGUCGUUUUACGACAAGGCAGGGUGGUGGAAUCUGGGUCUCAUGAGAGUCUUAUAGCUAUACCUAACGGUAUUUACUCUAAUCUUGUACAUGCUCAAACUAUAUCACUUGGAGAUGAGACAAAAGAGACCAGCAUUGAAAGAAGCUCGGAAGAGGACAUGGAGACGAUCAUCCAACCUCAAAAAGAUGAAUCCGAGUUAAUCAUCAAGAAUGCUCCAAGUCAUUCUAUCCAGAAGCAUACACGAAGUUUUUGGAAGAGUUUUGGGCGGCUGCUUUAUGAGUCCAAAAAUAGCUACUAUCUCAUGAUACUUAUUUUCAUCUUCACAGCUUGUGCAGGUGCAACUGGGCCGGUACAAGCACUACUUUUUGCUCAUGUUAUUAACGUUUCCAAAUACACAGGAUCUAAACUAAGAUCAGAGAGCGAAUUUUGGAGUGGCAUGUUCGGAGUGCUUGCAGCAGGGGCUGGCAUUUCUUAUUUCGGAUCAUUAUCUACCUCAUUACGCAAUGGACUCCUUAUCCGCUCGAAAUACCAGAAAGAAUAUUUUGAGUCCACUCUCUCGCAGCAAAUGGCAUUUUUCGACCAAGAAGAGCAUUCUCAAGGCGCUAUUGUUGCUCGAGUAGCGUCUGACCCACAGCGGCUGGAUGAGCUCCUAGGUGCAAGUAUGGCGAGCGUCUACAUUGCCGUCUUUAGCAUUGUCGGUUCUAUAUCAAUCGCAUUUGCUUUUGGAUGGAAGCUGGCCGUUGUUUCAUGCUGUGUCGUCCUCCCAAUCAGCAUCGUGGCAUCAUUUUUUCGAUUUAAAUACGAGCUGCAAUUUGAGAGAAUGAACAAUGAAGUCUUCGCUGAGAGCUCUAAAUUUGCCUCUGAAUCAAUCGCUGCUUUCAGGACUGUGAGUGCCUUUACCUUAGAAGAGACUAUAUGUAGACGAUUUGAGACUCUUUGCCGAAAUCAUGUGGCUGCAGCGUAUAAAAAGGCACGAUGGGCAACAUUCCUUGUUGGUCUAUCUGAUAGCGCAACUAUACCCUGCCAAGCUUUGCUGUUAUAUUAUGGAGGCCGCUUGCUUGCUAAUGCAGAGCUUACGGUUCUAAAUUUCUUUGUAUCCUUCAUGGUUGCAUUGAACGCGGGAGAAGCUGCAGGACAAAGCUUGAGUUAUGGGCCGAGUGCAGCCCAAGUCACAACUGCCUCAAAUAGAAUUUUAGACAUGCGAGAGUCUCGAUUUCUGGAUAAGGCUGGAGCGAACGAAGAAAUUCCAGGAUCCGAUGGGGGUGUUAGAAUUGAAUUUCAGGACAUUCACUUCAAAUAUCCUACUCGAGACGUGCCUGUCUUUGAAGGACUGAAUCUGACGAUCGAAAGCGGCCAGUUUGCCGCUUUAGUUGGGGCAUCUGGCUGCGGGAAAACGAGUAUUAUAUCGCUCUUAGAACGAUUCUAUGAUCCUACAGAGGGAAAGAUAUUGUACAAUGGAAUCGAUAUUACCGAACUCACUGUGAAGGCAUAUCGCAAACAGUUAUCAUUAGUCGCUCAAGAAUCUUCAUUAUUUCACGAAAACAUUCUUCUGGGUGUAGACCCUUCUACAGUAUCUGAUGAACAACUUCAUCAAGCUUGCCGUGAUGCAUCGAUUCACGAUUUCAUCGUGUCUUUGCCCGACGGGUUUAGUACUCCUGUUGGAUCCCGUGGCGUAUCACUUUCUGGUGGGCAAAAGCAGCGAAUUUCUAUUGCCCGCGCCCUUAUCCGAAGACCUAAGAUUCUGUUGUUGGACGAAGCCACGAGCUCCCUGGAUCCUGAGAACGAGAAGCUUGUACAAGAAGCUCUUGAGCGUGCUUCAAAAGGUAGGACAAUGGUUGUUGUAGCACACAAACUUUCUACUGUGAGAAAUGCGGAUGUUAUUUUUGUGUUUGGAGACGGUAAGAUACUGGAAAAGGGCAGCCAUACCGAGCUACUUGAACGGAAUGGGGUUUAUUGGAGGAUGUGCAAAAGUCAAGCCUUGGACGCAUAGAAUACUGAAAUCAGGGACGGGAGUCAACACACAAAUUAUUCCAUGCCGUAUAUUCCGUUCUACGGUGCCUCGAAUAAC